AUGAGCCCCGCCCAGUCGACCGUUGCGGUACAAGGGUCCACGUGUUCGCUUGAGCUCGCGGGCAGGGCCGAGGACCCUUCGCUGUCCCACUUGAGAACCGGCUUGCUAUUCCUCGAUCGUGAAACAUCGGCCGUCGAGCUUGGGAUCGGUGGCAACGCCGCAAGUGGGCAGGAUCGUGAACAGCGUCGUGAGAGUGUCCUUCGGCAAGUCGAUCGUCAGUUCGGCGGGCAGGAGGCAGGUCACAGCACCAAUGCUGGGCCUCCAUAA